UGAAAAUGGCGACCGUAGACGUGGAGGAUGAGAGCAUUCUGGUGUCUAUAUUUAAGGACAGUUUCUCCGAGAACUGGAGAGAAAAUCCAGACUUCGCCGCGUAUUUGUCUGAGCUUAGUUCCUACGGGGUGGAGAAGCUGAACCGGGAGCCCGAGCGCUUAUCUGAGGAGAGAGCUCACAUCCUGCAGCAGACCAGAGAGCUCGCCUUCUCCAACUACAAGACCUUCAUCCGCACGGCGCACUGCACCAAGCAGAUCUACCGAGACUUCGGCCGCGUGGAGAGCAGCUUGGCCAAACUCCUCGACAAACUGCCGAGCUUCGGAGAAAAAUGCAGAGGUUUUGUAAAAGAAGCAGAAGAUAUUGGAGCGAGCCGGCGCAUGAACAGCCUCACACUGAAUCGCCACACGGAGAUCCUGGAGAUUCUCGAGAUCCCCCAGCUUAUGGACACCUGUGUCCGCAAUGGCUAUUAUGAGGAGGCACUGGAGCUGGCCGCUUAUGUGAAAAGAUUGGAGAAAAAACAUUCAUCGCUUCCUGUAAUUCAGGGAAUAGUACAUGAGGUUCGCCAGUCGGCUCAGCUCAUGCUGAACCAGCUCCUUCAGCAGCUUCGCAGUAAUUCCCAGCUUCCAGUUUGCCUGCGGGUGAUUGGCUACUUGCGCAGAAUGGAUGUCUUCACAGAAGCAGAACUGCGUGUGAAGUUCCUGCAAGCUCGUGGGAGCUGGCUACGUUCUGUCCUGGCUGCUAUUCCUGAUGAAGACCCUUACUUCCACAUCACCAAAACCAUUGAGGCCUGCCGAGUGCAUCUAUUUGACAUCAUUACUCAGUACCGUGCCAUUUUCUCAGAUGAGGAUCCUCUGUUGCCACCAGGGGGACAGACUGUGAACGAAAGUGCCAUCUUUCAUGGCUGGGUGGUUCAACAGGUUGCACAGUUUUUGGAGACCCUGGAUAGGGAUCUUAAGCGUGGGGUCGGAAGCCGCUUGGAUUCCCUGCUCGGCCAGUGCAUGUACUUUGGUUUGUCCUUCAGUCGGGUAGGGGCAGACUUUCGUGGACAACUUGCACCAAUGUUUCAGCGGGUAGCAAUGGAUACGUUCCACAAAGCUGUCAAAGAAGCUGUGGAUAAGUUUCAAGAGGAUAUGAAUUUGUACACACUCAUUUCUUUGCCUUCAAUGCUUGGCAGUACUAUCCCACCUGUGGCUCAAAGUACUCAGCCUGGCACUCUUCAGCCCCCCAUGGCCUUGUUGGACUUCCCUCCUUUAGCCUGCUUUCUGAAUAAUGUUUUAACAGCUUUCAAUGACUUACGACUAUGUUGCCCCAUUGGCUUAGCCCAGGAAGUGACCAGAUGUCUAGAGGAUGCCCUUCUGAAGGUGACCAAAUUAAUCCUGGUUUUCCAUAGAGCAGAAGAAUCUGCUUUCAGUAGCCGUGAGCGGGAGCUGUUUGUUCAGUUCUGCUGUGCCUUUGCUGAGGAUAUGGUGCCAUUCCUGAACCGAUGUUUACAGGUUCUCUUCCCACCGGCUCAGCUUGCACAGAUCCUUGGUGUCCCACCUGCUCAAGUUCAUAAAUAUGGCAACAUUGGAUGCAUCAGUGUGAGCACUGUACUUGAGCCUCUGAUGUUUGUACUCCCCAAAAGGGAGCCCAUGUCACCAGUGGUGGAUCUUACUGUCGACCUGACGAGUCUGACCACAGCUGAAGCUGAACUUUUACCUCCAAGCAAAUCUCCAUCGUCUGAGAAAGCUGAGACUGCUCGAGAGCUUGUACCAACUCUCCAUGCACAACAGCCACAAGUGGCACCAUCUACUGUAGAACCCACCCCAAACCAAACAAAGCCUAUAGACAAUGAGGCACAGAAAAGCAUUCCAGAAGAGCUGCCCCCAACAAACACAAAUGCUGAUAAGACACUGUCUGGGUGAAAUGAGGAGAAACGACUGCAGUUACUUCUAAAUUUAACUCAAAAAUUUGAACACUGUUUAUACAAUUUCAAUAAUAUUUGCACUUGUCACUUCCAUCCUUUGGUGAAUGCUACUUUAAAUUGUUAUGCUUACUUUGGGAACUCUAAUGUAUAUUUAAUGUAUAAGUGUUUGAAUCAAUUAUUUAAAUUUUUUUCCUUUGUAUCUUUCCAAGUUCUAGGGGCAACAUUAGAUUUUUAUUUUGAAAAUAUUUCUGGUAACAAGGUAUGAUGGAGAUCCAUAUGUUUGAAGAAAAUGGUAGUUUGUUAGCUGUCCAGCAUUAGCUUGAUAAUUUCACAUCAUUUAUGUAUGAGCUUCUCAAAGUGAUUAUAUAUAUUAAAAAAAAUAAUGAGAGAGAGAGAGACUUGGUGAAAGGGUACACUAGAAUCUAAAUGUGUGCAGACUUAUCCUGUACCAUAAAAGGCCUUGACUCUAGAGUGUUUGGCUUUAAUUGACAUACUGUAUGUGUAAAAAUAUAUUGUAAUAUUUUAGUAGGAAGGAAUUUAAACUUUAUUUUGCAAACUUUGUCAAUGUCUUCCCCUGACAAAUACAUAGAAGAAUGAUGAUUCA